CGGAUGUGUUUUCUUUGGGGGGUGGGCCGGGGAGGAGGGGGGGUCCUGUCACGAAGGUGGCGCAGGGCUGUACGUCUCUAGACAGGCCCCGCUCCGAGGAGACGGUCCGGAGGUGUCGGUGCCCCCCCGCCGCCGCCAUGUUUGGCUGUUUAGUUGCUGGGAGGCUGGUGCAGACAGUUGCACAGCAAGUGGCAGAAGACAAAUUUGUGUUCGACUUGGCUGACUACGAAAGCAUCAACCAUGUCGUGGUCUUCAUGCUGGGGACCAUACCCUUUCCAGAGGGCAUGGGUGGAUCCGUCUACUUCUGCUAUCCUGAUGAAAAUGGGGCGGCAGUGUGGCAGCUGCUAGGGUUUGUCACAAAUGAAAAACCAAGUGCCAUCUUCAAAAUUUCAGGCCUAAAAUCUGGGAAAGGCAGCCAACAUCCGUUUGGAGCCAUGAAUCUGCCCCAAAUGCCGUCUGUAGCUCAGAUCGGGAUUUCCGUAGAGCUGCUGGAACUCUUGGCUCAGCAAACCCCUGUAGCAAGUGCUGCUGUAUCGUCGGUCAAUUCCUUCACAGAGUUCACUCAAAAGAUGCUAGACAACUUCUAUAACUUCGCUUCAUCUUUUGCUGUCACUCAGGCCCAAAUGACACCCAACCCUUCAGAAGCUUUUAUUCCUGCCAACGUAGUUCUGAAAUGGUAUGAGAAUUUCCAAAGAAGACUAACUCAGAAUCCUUUCUUUUGGAAAACAUAGUCUUGAGUCAAGUUUUUUGAAAUGCACUCUAACACCAGGCCAUAACUUAAAAGUUACAGGAAGGUCAGCCUUAUAAAGAAGAUUUCAGUGGAUCAAUUAUAAGUGUGAGAAGAAGAGGUGGAGGGGGGCGGGGUUGCCAUUGCAGCUUUUGUAAUAAUUGGGGGAUGUUGUUUGGAAAUAAAGCCCUAAAAAUAACA